GAGACGGUCGAGAGAGAGAGAGAGAUUGGGGCAUGACUGCUUCACUAUGCGCCUGCCUGUCUUCAGUGUGCCAGAGGGAAUCAGUCGGACAAGUCGGCCCAGCCAUCAGCGCCCAGUUCAGAGUGCAGUGGGCGGCCUUGGCUCACGGUGCUGUUUUUUUUAACGCGGGCCAGCAGAGAGCAAGAGCAAGAGAGGGUUAGAGCGCGCGCUAGGGUUUGAAAAAAGAAAAAAGUUUUGCCAUUUUUGUGUGUUGUGCGCUGCGGUUUCGUUCGUGAACUGCUGCAGGGUAAAAAAGAAAAGAAAGAAAAAAGUGUUAACCUCUUCCCUCUGGGGUUUUUUGAAAUUAUUAUUUUUUAUUAUUAUUCUGGCGUGAGUGUGGCGUGAUUUUUUUUUAUUUUUCCUUUUGUUUUCUUCGAUUUUUUCAAAUUUAUUUAUUUGACGAAAAAAAGAAAAAGAACCCAAAAAAAGUUUCUUUUUGAAAAAUCGCGCGGGGUUGGCCAGCGGCAUUUCACUCGAUCCUCUUUUCCUCCCUCCCAACUGCCAAAAUUCGUCGAGUGUGUCGUCCGCUGGAGAUUUUUGUAUUUUUUGACGCAUCAUUGGACUUUGCCAUACUACUCUCUUCUUCUUUUUUUCCUCCCUCCUCCUCCCUCCAGGGGGUGGGAGAGAGUUACUGUGUGUGUGUGUGUGCGGGGGUGUGUGUGUGUGUGGGGAGGCUCUCCCCCCACCCUUUUUUGUUGGGGUGUCCCCCCCCCUCUUCAUCUUGAGAGCCUAAAAGAAGAAGAAGAAGGAAGACGGAAGACGGAAAAAGGCGUCCGUCGCGAUUGUGUAGUCAGUCGCCUCUAGCCGCCGAGUCGUGCCACACAGUAUGAGCAUCGGUCAGCAGAGCUGCCGUUGUUGUCGCUGGAUCGCACCGUCAUCAUCAUCUCGCCCGUGUUGUCGCCGUCGUUGGAUUCCGCCGCCGCCCAGGCAGCAGCAGCAGCAGCAGGAGAAGGAGGACGAAGGAAGCAAAGAAGUUGAGGAGAGGAGAAGAAGAAGGAAAGGGGCGGCGACGACGGCCCGGAAUAUCAGACGGACAGCCGGCUCAGCAACAACAACAGGAGCCAAAAGGAUUUUGAUGGCAUUAUUUUGAGAAGGAAAUCCAAAUAAAAAAAGGAGCGAAAGAGAUCGAUCAAUUUCAACCCCGAAUUUGCCGUCGAAUUGGCCAGGAGAUUCAAAAAAAAAAUUUUUUUAUUGGAAAAACAUCAACAACUCGAUCCAGCAAGAUGACUCUGGAGAAGAAAGAGCCCCAAUAGUUUUCUGUGGUGGUGGAAGAGAGAAAGAAAACUGGUAACCGUCCAUCAAACUAUGGACCGAUCGAAUGGGCGGAUUCCAUUAGUGACACUGUCGCCAGUACCAGCUCCAGCAGCAGCAACUUCUUCUUCUUCUUCUUCACCCAGUGGUGGAAUCAUUUCAACCGGUGAAGGAUCACUCGAAUCUCUGUCGAUCGACCCAGUCGAGUUGCCUCCACCUCGCGGCAGUCGAGUGACAAGGAACUGUCGUCAUUUGGACUAGAUCGACGAAAAUUUCAUUUUAUUCGUCGCCUUUCGAACGAUCGAGAAGAAGAAGAGAAAAAACAAUUGCAAGACCCGAAAUUUGAAUCGCCGUGAGUAGUGUGUGUCAAGUGUGAGGUGAAGUGGCUACGACGACGACCAGAAAUCGAUGGUUUGUUGGAUGAUUGGACGACGACGACAAGGUGGUGGCUGCUGCUGUGCGGAAGACGUUGGUGAGCGGCGAACGCGGAGGAAUUGUUGUCGUGCUGCGGAAGCAGAUUGAGGAGGAAGGGUAGGAGGAAGGGUAGGAGGAAGGGUAGGAAGGAAGAGGCGGAAGAUUCCGUUGUCGAGUGUCGUGUCUGAGUUGCUCCGUUGCCGCCGCCGCUCUCCAGCGCCGCGUCAACCCGGAGUUCAACCUCAGCUCUACACUUGUGCACCGGCCUCUUCUCCCGCGUGAAAUCCUAAACUACGGCCACCAUGUUGGACAUAUUCCGGGGUCUGAAGAAUCUCAUCAAAGUCAGCCACAUCCACAUAGACUCGUCCGUCUUCCGGCUGCACUACAGCAUCACGGUGAUGAUUUUGCUGGCGUUCAGUCUCAUCGUGACGACGAGACAGUACGUCGGCAACCCCAUCGACUGCAUCCACACCAAGGAUAUCCCCGAGGACGUCCUCAACACCUACUGCUGGAUCCAUUCGACCUACACGAUUCACAGUGCCCACCUCAAGAAGGUCGGCUUCGAAGUCCCGCAUCCGGGCGUCGACCGGGCGCCCAGAGACGAGGCCGACAAGAAAUACGUCAAGUAUUAUCAAUGGGUCUGCUUCUGCCUCUUCUUCCAGGCCAUCCUGUUUUACGUGCCGCGCUGGCUGUGGAAGAACUGGGAGGCGGGCAAGAUCCACGCCCUCAUGAUGGACCUGGACGUUGGCAUUUGCUCCGAAGUGGAGAAGAAACAGAAGAAGAAGCUGCUGCUCGACUACCUGGUCGACAACCUCAAACAUCACAACUGGUGGGCCUAUCGCUACUUUUUCUGCGAGACACUCGCCCUGACCAACGUUGUCGGUCAAAUGUUCCUGAUGAACACGUUCUUUGACGGGGCCUUCCUGACGUUCGGCUUCGACGUGAUCGCGUUCGCCGAGCGGGACCAGGAGGAGCGCAUCGACCCGAUGAUCUACAUCUUCCCGCGGAUGACCAAGUGCACUUUCAACAAGUUCGGCACGUCGGGCGAGGUGGAGAAGCACGACGCCCUGUGCAUCCUCCCGCUCAACGUGGUCAACGAAAAGAUCUACAUCUUCCUCUGGUUCUGGUUCCUGAUCCUGGGCUUCCUGACGGCCCUGGUCCUCCUCUACCGGCUCAUCAUCAUCCUCAGCCCGCGCAUGAGGGCCUACCUGCUCUACAUCCGCUUCCGGCUCAUCAACCGCGAGGUCAUCAACACCAUUGUCCGCAAGUCCAAGAUGGGCGACUGGUUCCUCUUCUACAUGCUGGGCCAGAACGUCGACUCCAUCAUCUUCAAGGAGGUGAUGCACGAGCUGGGCAAGAAGCUCGGCCACACCGGCAAAGACUUUAUGGACGCUUAGCACAGGGCGGCGUCGGGAGACAACCAGCGCUCCUCCGAUGUUAUUAAUAGCAGACAUAUCCUCUUCGACAGUUGGUCGAACGCUCCAUCGACAUCCGCCGCCGCCGCAUCACACCACCCAUCCACACAAUCCGCUUCUUCCUCAUCCGGGGGCCCGGGGGCCGGGGCCACCGCCGAAGUCCGACUCCUCUACGACACUGAAAUACGAGACCUGGAAGCCGCCGGAAUCGCCGUCGCCGACCACCACCAUCACCACCACCACCACCACUCAUCGUCGGCCGGAAUCAUGGGAUUCCGCACGCCCAACGGCAUCAUCAUCCGACAUCAUCUGGGCGCCGUCAGCGCCGGAUCCUUCCGCAGACCCAAAGCCUCGCACCAUCGACGCGACUCGUACGACGAAGGCGCUUCCGGAGCCGCUCACACGCAGACCCACAGGCAGCACGGACACUCGGGCUCCUCAUCCGGACAGCCCAAAUUCCGUGAGCACGGGCGAGCCAAAUUCGCUCCGUCGUCGUCGUCGCACGGCUACCGCCACUGAAAUUUCAAUACCUAAAUUCCGGAAUCCGGAAUCAAGAGCGAUCAGCCGGAGGCCGCCAGGAGGCUCUGCGAUCAAUAUGGUGUCGAUCCCAAAAAUGAUAACAAAUUAAUUCCAACCUUUUUCAGCAGUCGGACUAUCAACUUUGACUUCCGUUUCUUUAAAAAAACAGCCCCCCCCCCUUCCCAUGCACACACCGGGUGUGAGGAGGCGUGUCCAUUGUCAAUUUUUCUUGUGUGUGUAGGCGCGACUCAUUAACAUAAUAUCGCCUCGAUUUUUUUCCCCUCCUCUUCUUCCCGAGCGAUUUCAACGAAAAAAACAAAUUUUUCAUUUCAUUUUCUUCCAUCUUCUUCUUCCAACAAAAAAAAUAAUUCGAUUAUAUCUAAUUCAUCUUCUUAGAAGGACAUUAAAAAAAAUCAUUAUUUUAUUUUAUUAUUAUUUUUAUUUUAAGUCACACUAUAAAUCACCUCGUCCUUUUUUUGGGUUUGAUCCUUUUUAUUAUUUUCGUUCGUAAUAGGAGCCACGCAACAACACUCACUCACACACACACAUUCGACACGCCAACAUCUUCAUUUUCUUCACACUUUUGGUGUGUGUGUUGCCCCCAAUCUCUCCCCCGCGCCCCACCCCCCCAAUAGACACACACUGCCGUUUCAACAAAACAAAUUUUAAGAUUUAAAAAAAAAAUCCUUUCCCUUUAAAGAAGUAAAAAAAUAAAAAGUUAUUUAUUAUAUAACUUGAAAUAAAUUAGUGAUUCCCGUCGGCGGAUAUUUCUGAGCGAUGGCAAUGCUUUUCGACGCCAAUGCCCUGAUGCUAUUUUUCUCUCUUUUUACAACAAUUUCGUUCGACAAAAUUUGAUUUAAUUCAAAUUUUUUUAUUUUAAUUUUUUUUUUUAGGUUCGGUCAAUUUUUGUUUUUUAUUUCUUUAAAAAAAAAUAUGGCAAAUGAUUUUUUUUUUUAUUAUUAUUUUAAGGAUAUGAGGGGGAGCUCAUUUGUCAUUUGUAGUUGAACAUUUUCUUUUCUGGGAUAUAAUUCUUCGUGCGAUUUUUUUGAUAAUUCAUUUUCAAAAUGUGUGUAAAAAACAAACAAACAAAAGAAUGCCAGAGCGACAAGACAAGGAAUACGUGUGUGACAUGCAAAUUUAGGAAAUUGUUUUUUUUUUCUUAAUUAGCGACGUGUUUGAAUAAUUUUUUUUUUCGCCCAAAUUCCGCGGGAAAAAAAAACGAUUUUUGAAAUUUUUAGAAAUCGAUAGAAUUUUUUUAGGGAUAGCGCCCUCUAUUGUCCACCAGAAAUGUAAAAAUUCACCCCAAAAAAAAUUUCAAUGAAUUCAAAUUCGAAUGAAUGAGUCAAUAAUCUUGAGGACGAAUCAAAUUUCUAGUCGAUGAAACAAAUUUGGAUUCCAAAAAAAAAGGAAAAAAAUGUCAAACAACGACAUUUUUGUGUUCAAGGUCCAGUUUCUCUCUCUCUCUCUCUCUCCUCAAAAAAUCGAAUGAUUGAAUCGUUACGUCGCCAGUCCCCCUCCCCCUUCCCCCCUGCUGUUAUAACAUUCUUUAAUUCCUUUAAAAAAAUUCUUUCAGAAAACCAAACAUUUUUUAGUGGACACGUGUGUGUACAGUGUAGACAUGUGUGGAUGGAGCGGUCCUGUGUGUUUUCUUUAAAAAAUGAAAUAAUUCCGCGAUUGAGAGACCCCCCCCCCCUUUUAAUUUUUUUUUAUUUGAAUUCAUUUCAAUUUUAAUUUAGUACAUUUACAAAAAAAAUGGGUAAAUGUCAUUUUUUUAAUUUUCGGUUUCUGUCGUGUCUCGCCAACUUCAUCCGGCGAUUUUUUGAUUGAAAUCCCAUCAACUCGACAGAGGAUCUCCCAAACCCAACACACAUUUAUUAUUUUGAUUUUGAUUGAUUUAUUUUACAAAAAUUUGAUCUGUAUAAAAGAAAUUCAUCGCCCCGAUUGUUGUUGUUGUUAUAUCGUGUGUGUAAUCAGCACCUUGUUAUUACCCCAAGCUAAUUAGAAUUUCGCCCACACUAAAAGAAAAAGAAAAAACAUUUUUUUUUCAUUGAAAAUUUAUUCAUUUAAAUCGAAGAAGAAAAAGGUUUUUUGACAAAAAAAAGAAACCUUCACAAAUUUCCAUCUCUCUAUCUCUUAUAAUAUAAUUCUUUCAAUCUCUAUUAGAAAUUUAAAAAACAAAAAAGGGAAAAAAUUCGAUGAUGUAUGAUAUAAUGAAACAUUUCUCACUUCUCACUUUCCUAUCUCUCCUAUCUAUCUCUAACCCUUCUUCACACACACACACACACGCAUUAUAAAGAAAUUAGAAGAAUUAAUUCUUGAGAUUAUAAAUAGACAUUUUUUUUUAAUUCGAUGAUGAUGAAUGAUGAUCGACUCGCGUGUCCAUCUGUUUUUAUUUUAAUUUCACACCUUCAAGGAUUAAAAAAAACAACAAAUUCAGCUCCUUUUUCAAUUUUCAAAAAAUUCAAUCGAAAUUUCGUCUGGCAAAAGUUUAAAAAAAAAUUACAAAAUGAAAUAAAUCCCCGCCCACCCCCCAACCCCCCUCAACAAGGUUAUGUCCAUGUGUGUGUGUUCAAAAACAUUUUUGAGAGACGACAAAAAAAAACUUAUUAAAAAAGGGAGAGAGAAGAAAGAAAAAAAAAUCUUUUUUUUAAUUGAAUUUUUUUUUUCGUAGUCGGAAAAAGAUGAAAUCGAAACCAAAAAAAAAAUUAAAUAAAAAUUAAAAAAAAAGUUAAAUUUUUAAAAACCAGUAUCGAUGAGCAAUACUAUGACCUUUUUCGCCUAACGUGCAAUACCCCGCCCCCACCCCCCUCAUCAAGCCCCUCCCAUUUCUCUCUCUCUCUCUCUCUCUCGGUCUCUCUAUCUAAUCUCUCUCUCUCUAAACUCUCUAUCUCUGCCAUUACAUAAUUCUGCCAUUAUCUGUCGUUUGUUUGUUGGUUUGGAUCAAAGUUUAUCAUGAUUCUAUAAUGAUGAUGAUUUAUUAUCUUCCCAUCCCCCCGUUAUGAUUAUAACCCCCCCCCAACCUAUCCUUAUUACAGCCCCAUCCCAUCCUAAGGAAUCCCUUGUUAUUUAUUGCAAAAUAUUGAGUCUCUCUCUCUCUCUCUCUCUCUCUCUCUCUGCUCUUUCUUGUUUGUUUGUUUGAUUUUAUUUCCUUGUUCUUCAUCAUCAUCAUAUGAUUCUAUAGGUUGUCAUUUGGCACGUGGAUAAAAAAGAUACAAAAGAUUACAAAAAAAAACUAAACA